CUGCCGUAUUCUGAAGCCAAUUUAAAGGAAAAUGUUGGGUCCCACAGGCUAUAGAUCCUUAACCAGGCAGGGGCCAGGCGUUAAUGACAACGAAUGUACGUAGUAAAACUGAACAUCUAGCUUUUCUACCACCCGUUUCUUUAAAAAAAAUAAUUAAGGAAAAAUUGUAUUAGUAUAAAAAGUGUCGAGUUUUAAAAUGCCUUUAAAAAAAAUCGAACAAAGCGUUCAUAAAGAAUAUCAUAGAUGGGUACUUGAAAAUAUGAGUGAAAUAUUCGCAAAAGUAAAUCCGAACGAGCGCCAUUUUCCAAAUUUUCCUGUUCAGAAGACUCACUACUUUUCCACAGAAUUUCAAGGUCAUGCCGUUGACUGGUACGUCACAUUGAACUUUUGUAAUGAUCAAUUGCAGGGUGGAUUCCUGAUAAAUUUCGACGUUGUUGAAGGAUUUAAACCUAAGAAUCAUGUCACCUGUAAUUUUUACCUGGUCGAUGCCGCCAAAAAUAAGUUUUUUCUUGGACGAAAGAACCGGAAAUUUUAUGAUUAUCCGAAAUUUUAUUAUCCUAGAGUACAUUCAAGCUGCGUAUCUGGCUCACCGAACACAAUAGAUAAACUACUUCCAAAUGAUACCAUGACACUAUACAUCGAACUCAUAACUUACUUGGAUGGUGAUCCUAUAUUUCCUGACGAGGAAAUGACUGGUUAUUAUCAUCCAGAUCCCAGUUUAUCAGAUGAUUUCUCGGAGUUAUAUAAAGUUCAAGAUGACCGUGAUGUUAUGAUUUAUGUGCAGGGUGUUGCAUUUCCAGUCCAUAAAAGAGUAUUGAGAGCACGGUGUCCUAAAUUAUAUGAAAUGGUUGAUUAUCAUCAACAAAUAUCUGAUGGCAAUGAUAACAAAGUAGCUCUUACGGGCAUAGAGCCAGAGAUAUUUAAAAGAGUUUUAGAAUUUAUGUACACUCGGAAUGUUGAGGACUUGGAUGAUCAUGCAGUAGGUUUGCUAGAAGCUGCUUCGAAAUGUGAAUUAACAAGACUGAAAAAUCUGUGUGAACAAUCCCUCAUCAGCUACUAUUAUACCGACGAAAAUGCUGCAGAAAUUAAAUCGUUGGCUGCUAAGUGUGGUGCCAGACUAUUGCUCGAGAAAGCCGAUUUUUCAGAAGAAGAACACGCGGAUGAAGAAGAGGACCUUGAAUGUUAUUCAGAAAAUGGCACACCGGAGGAAUACAGUUCAUCAGACUAGAUUGUCUUUGCAUCACUAGAUAGCGAUCCAUUUAUUCAUCGCAGUAAGAUUUUUCUUCAUAAAAUUUAAUACUUUCCAAAGAAAUUUGUUUUUUUGUGAUUAACUUUUGAGUUUGCAUUUUUCCACUUUUGUUAAAACUUUCAAUAAAAAGUUGGAUCUACUUACUUCCAAUUUAUAAUCUAAAUUUCUAUUUAAUGUGUUCAAAAAGUUUUAAUUUCAGUCUUUAAUCGAUGUAAAGUAUGAACUUUGUAAUAUUUCAUUAAAC